AUGAGAGCACCACCGCCACCAAGGAAGUCUAAAGGACGCUAUUUUAAACAGGCAUCAAAUUAUAUUUUAAAAAUCAUAACUUUACAAAAAUUAAGAAAUAGAUGGAAUUUACAUAGAAUACACUGUUUUGAUAGACAAGUACAAUUUAAAGCAAAAAUUACCAGAGAUAGAAAUAAAAAUGGUGUAAUACGUAAAUCUUAUAAUCAAUUUGGAAGCGUUAAAAAAAGAAAAUGGUAUAGAAAGCCGGGAAAAACUAAUAAUUCUAAAAAGCCAUUAUUAAUUAUCGAUUAUAAUCAUUAUUGCACAGUAAAAAAUAAUGUUGUAGGUAACAAUUCGAGAAAACAAAACAGUAUCAAACCUCAAAUUUCAGCUGAUAAUAAAAAUGAUAUUACUACUAAUAAUAAACAAAACAAUUAUCCACAAAUUACCAUUUUGGAACGUUCGACAUUAUCUAAAUUACACAUCAGCAAAAGAAAGUAUAAAUUGAAAAAAUUAAAUAUGAAAUUAACCUCAACUUUUCCGGAGCCAAAUUUACAGGACAAAUUUAGUAGCAUUGAUAUUAAUGACGACGAAAAAGAAGAACUCUUGAUGAAAACAGUUCAAGAGCAUCAUAUUUAUCAAAAAUUGAACGAAUUGGCAGAUGUAAAAAUCAGUUUGAAUAAAAAAAAUAUAAUCAAAACAACUGCUAUUCCAAAUUCAAAUGUUACUACUGAUGCUAAUAACAGGAAAGGUGAUCAGAGAUUGCAAAUUGAUAAAAACUUUUUCAUUCAAUUGCCAAGGGAUAAUAUAACUAUUGAUAAAUUAUUUACCGAAUCCAAUGACAAUACGCACCAGAGCAAGAACAAUAAAAAUUCCAAUUAUAAUAUUGAUCAAGAAAAAUAUCACAUGAUUGAAAAACAUCCACAUUUAGACAUGAUUAGAACACCUUACAAUAACACAAAAUUAAAAAUAACAGAUUUUCUAAACAAAAUAGAAAAAGAAACAAAGCCUAAUAUGGAAGAAUUAUAUACUGAUGGUAUUAGUACUACAAGAUUAGAUAGUGAUUUUGAUGAUACUAUGUUAUUAUCAGGCAAAUACAGUAAUCAAUAUAUCACCAACAACAGGAGUUAUGAUAGAAGAUCCAAAGGUGGUGAUAAAUUAGAUGAAGUGGCAACAAGUAGUGAUAUGAUAAAUUCAUUAAAAGUAGCCCAUAAUAUGUUUAAUAACUAUUUGGAAAUAAAAACCGCCUUCCAAAAGUAA